AUGGGACUCUGGCCACGAACGCCAUUACGCGAUGCCACAUGGAACACCAUCACGGCACACACACGGUACCUGAUGAAUACCCACCAGAUCGUAGUCGAUGCGCAAGGUAAGACGGUCACCUGGCGCCACCGCAACGUCGGGAAGCUUCAGACAGUCAUCCACAAGUUGGAAAAGGCCUUCCCUGUCCUGGAACGAGCUCAUGGACACUGGAUUGCCUUGACCAUCUGUCAGCACCACGCGAAGGUGGUGAAUGAAGCGGGAAGACUACUGCUGCUGCUUCUUCCCAAGACGAUGACCUCAGCAACGCGCACGACGUUGUCCAUGGAGCGUCAUCUGCUCGCGUCGAUGACGAGAACACUCGCUGCGAGACACCCGCUUCCGUCCUCUCUGAAGACGAUGAUAUUGACGAGGCUGCAUCGAGAGUUAAAACAUUGGCUAACAAGAUGUAGCGUCAAGCAAACAAGAAUGCGCAUGUUCCCAAGGCAAGUCCGUCCCAUCUUUGAUGUUAUAAGACUGACCAGUGGCCAGAAGUCAAGCAAAGAUCGAUCCACCUCCUCGUCUCGCAAGUCUGGAAGAACAUCAAAGCUAUCACGCAGAGCACAGGACGCUGAGCAAGGCAGCACUACUAUGACCAAGGCCAAGACUGCAGCAUCACAAGCAAAAAAGGCGCGCAAGUCUGCCAAGAAGGCCAAGAAAGCGGCAGCACGUCUGUAG